UCGUUGCGUAAGAUGUGGUCUUCCUGAAACAGUUGAAAAUGUCCUAAUAAAAUGUUUGUCAUAUAAGAAUGAAAGAGCACAGCUUGUAGAGGCAAUGAAAUCUAUAGAUAUUACUCAGCUUUCACUGAAAAGCCUACUAAAUAAGGAUGGAAGAGUAUAUACAUUUUUAUAAUAUAUCUGAAGGACACAAAUUUGAAAAAACUAGAACAGUUUUUUAAAAAAUUGUAUUUACCAUAACGUCAAAGCUCCACACUCCAUACCAGUAGGUGGCGGAAAAUGCACCAAUUGCUGGUUUGCCAACCACCAUAAAACAGUAAAGAAGAAGAAGACACACCCAUCAAAAUGUAAACAAACACGGCGUACGUGGGACGGUAGCACAUGUAGUCCAGAAAACUGACUUCAACUUUGCACCAUCUCAUAAUACAACCGAACAGUGACGUCACGUCCACGUACUCUCGUUCGGCGCUUUUACGCUCGACAUGAGCUUCAGCAAAAAUGUCUCACAAAACACCUAAAAUGGAGCAGCUGACAGAUGAAGAGAUAAGUGAACUAUUUAAUAACUUGGAAGAAAUUAUCAGUGACUCGAGCAGCAGUGAAAGUGACGGCGAGGAGCUGCCUCCCAACCUCGUUGUGCUCGAGAGUCUUGAGGAUGAAGCUGACUUCACCGAUGGAGGGAAAGAAACGAAGAUUUCAGCUGACGGAGGCGAGGUGAGCUCAUCCUGCUGGAGGACGACCUGCAAUUUCACUCCUCCUGGACCUGGGGUUGUUUUUGAUAACACAAAGUGUGGGGUGCAAAACCCUCCGGCAACCCCCACCGAGGUCCACUGUUUUAAAAUGUUUAUAACGGAGGCGCUUGUUGAGGAACUGGUGCAAGAAACAAACCGGCAUGCGCUGCAGCUGCAGAAGGAGACAUCCACCGCUUCAAAGGGAAAGCUAGCAAAAUGGGUGCCAACUGAUAUAAAGGAGAUGUACACAUUCCUGGUGACAGUCCUCCUGAUGGGAAUGGUCAAGAAGUCGUCACUACGUGACUACUGGAGCACAGACCCCAUGCUUCAGACCCCGUUUUUUGGGACUUUGUUCUCCCAGGACCGCUUCCUCUUGCUCCUGCGCUGUCUAAACUUUGCCAACAGUGCGAAGGCUGAUGUCGAUGACCCCCUGUUUGUGAUUAGAAGAGUAUUUACUGAAAUCACUUCUUCCUUUCGUAGUGUUUUUGUGCCAUACAGAGAUCUCUCUGUGGACCAAACUAUGAUGAAUUGGAAGGGUAGAUUGGCAUUGCGUCAACCCAUUCCAGCAAAAAGGAAUAGGUUUGGAGUGAAGUUUUUUGCUGUGCGUGAUGUGCUCACUGGUUAUGUGCUAGAUAUGAUUAUUUAUACAGGAUCCACCACUGACAUCCAUCACUAUGCAAGGCUUGGGAUCUCUGGGUCUGUUGUCAUGACCCUACUGGCCCCUUAUCUGGGAAAGGGCCAUAUUGUUUAUGUGGACAAUUGGCACAGCAGUCCCACACUGUUUCAACAACUCCUUUCCCGUGGCACAGGGGCCUGUGGGGCUGUGCGGGCUGACAGGAGGGGGAUGCCAGCUUUCACCAACAAUAACAUGACCAAGGGGCAAAUGGAAUUCCAAGAGAAUGGAACACAGUUGGCGGUAAAAUGGUGCGACAAAAGAGAAGUUCAUGUCCUAACCACUGUCCAUGCAUCCAUCAUGGCAGUUUCACAGAAGGUUGAUUACACCACCGGGGAGAAAAAGAUGAUGCCAUUGUGUGUCCUUGAGUACAAUAAAAAGAUGGGGGCUGUGGACAAAGCAGACAUUAUGAAAAGUUUUGUGAAGUGUGCCAGGAAGACCACCAAGUGGUAUAAGAAAAUUUUCUUCUACAUGAUUGAAACUGCUGUACUCAACAGUUUCAUUGUCUAUCGCCAACUUGCUGGCAAGGGCAUGACUUCUCUAGAGUUCCGGAUGAACCUGAUGAGAGGGCUGUUGGAGGAGUACAGUACACCUCGGAAUCCACCCAAAGGGGGACGUCCUGCCUCGGACAGUCCCUUGCGUCUGACAGCCAGGCACUUUCUUUCGGACAUCCCUCAGACCGAAUUACAGGGCAGGAGUACCAGACGUGCCUGCAAGGUCUGCAUUUCCAGCAAGUGCAGGGCAAAGAAGAGGCGUAGCACUAGAUAUAUGUGUGUCGCGUGCAACAUUGCCUUGUGUGCUACUCCUUGUUUUGAAGAGUACCACACACUGAAAAAUUAUUGAGAAAGUCUGUCAUUUUAAAUUGAUGCUACUUUCAUAAAUAUAAUGCAAUCUUUGAUAUCGCAAGCAACAACAUCUCACACCAGGGGCACCAUUCAUGAGUGUCUUUGAGCACUCAAGGUCUGUUUUGAAGGGCUUUCUUAUGAGUUAAACGGCUGUAAUGAUCACAAAACAGGUUAUACAUUAAUGGAUUACUUUUCUACAGUUCUCUUUCACUAAUAUGAUCCUUGAAAACAGUAAAUGUGAAGUUCCAAAAUGUAUUUUGAAAGUAAUUUUACAAGCUACCUUGUUCUUAACACACAUGAGCAGUAUUAUGUUACAGCAACUCAUUGUGUUAGAAUGUUUCAUCAUUUAUUAUCUUUACUAGUAUAUCUGUAUAUACAGUAUGAUAUUCUGUUUAGACAUGUUGAAAGGCUACAGUUAAGAACACAGAGCUCUGGACACUGUCCUAAUAAUUAGUGCAGUAUAAUGAGCUCAGCAGCUUUUGCAAGGAGAUUUAUCUUUGCAUAUACUGGCUAUAAUAAACUUGUUUUGUGUCCAUGCAUUCUUUCCGCUGGACAACGGACAGAUGCAGUUGUAUUAUUGAAAUGGUCUUGCUUCUGAUAUUUGACUUUUUGACCUUAAACUAACAUUCUAUAUUGAUAGUUGUGAUGUCACUAUGUAGAGUGAAAGGGAUAGUUCACCCAAAAUUAAAAUUCUCUCAUCAUUUACUCACCCUCAUGCCAUCCCAGAUGUAUAUGACUUUCUUU